AUGGUGCCACCAGCUGAUUCAACACGAGGCACAAAGGCCCACUUCGUGUGCCAACCUCAUCUCCGUCCAUCUCCGUCUUCACCUCCAUCAAAUCCCCCAUCAAUUCAAAUCAUACCACCGCCGCGACCGCCCCGUCGAACCAUGCCCAACACAGCCGACGAGUCCACGCCUCUGAUCUCCGGCACAAGCUCCCCGAGAAUGUCUUCCUCCUCUUCCGCAAACACCUGGCUCAAGGUCGGCGCCGUCUACGGCGCGCUGGCCGUCGGCCUCGGCGCCUUCGGCGCCCACGGCCUCAAGAAGCACAUCUCGGAGCCGCAGCGCCUGGCCAACUGGCAGACGGCCGCGCAGUACCACGUACGUGUAUUUCCUUCCCAGUUUCUUCUCCUCUGGGCCUCAAAAGCCGUCGCUUUCUCUGCGUGA